AUGUGCAUAGCAGCAAAUCUGCAUACUAACGCGGAGGUUGGGUUGGCUAACUCCACAAAAAUCGCAUGCAGCUCUCCCACUCUUGCAUCGUUGGCGAAUUGGCCGGCGAAUCAGAACAGGACGCGACUUGACUGCACACCCAAUCGACCGUUUCUUGUCGACUUUGCACACCGUCUCGCCAUCAUCAUUGCAUCGGAUACAACAGCAGUCAUGGCUCGGGGAAGCGCGAAAAAGACGGCCUCUGGCAACACGUUCCUCCUCACCUUGCUUCGCAAUGGCUUUCUCGCAACCAACACCAUCUACCUCCUGGUCCGCUUCUGGCUCUUUCGAUCGAGCGUGUCAAAGCGCAUCGUGUUCGGCUACGUCGCAUCCGAGGCCAUCGCCGUCGCACUGUGGUUGACGCUGCAGAGUAUGGCGGCGCAGGGAAACGAUCUGCAGCAGAGCGGUCUCACGCAGUACAUGUUUGACGUAAUCUACGUGACGUGGUUUGUCCAACUGGCUUCGUUGGUCUGGUCCAAGUUCUGGUAUCUCUACCUCAUCAUCCCCGGAUACGCAGCGUACGUGAUCUACCAAAAGAUCCUUCUCCCUUACCUCUUCCGUGGACAGAGUCCGUUUGCUUCCAUACAGCGACUGCUGGGUGGAUCGUCGAACGGAGGUGCCGCCGGCGCAGAUGCCAAUGCUCAACAGCAGCCCGGAGAGGCAGUCUCGAAGCGUCAGCAGAAGCUACAGGCUCGUGCGGCCAAGGGAGACCCUCGUGUGCAGGUUCGCAAGCGCUGA